AUUUGGAAGUGUCAGACCACUUGCCCAAAAAAGAUCAUUCAACCGUAACGGUGGAACUUAGUUAACUCCGCCAAUCCAACUGAUAUCUCGAAGCUGAACGCCAUUACAGGCUAAGGCGAGCUCUAUAUACAAAGUAGCUCCUCCCUUCAUCCUAGCUUCUCCAACUAAUCCCUCUGUCUAUACUCAAAAUGCAAUACGCGAUAUCUCUCUCCGCUGCGGCUGCGCCAGUGCAAAGAUCGGACUGCGCCGCCGGAAUUCAUGGCUAUCUAGUGCCCCGAUCAGUGCAAUUUUGCGGCCUCAAGAGGGAAGCGUUCGGAGAAAAAUCGUUGAAAUCUUCAAUGUAUUCUACUCGAUUGGAUUCUUCUUUCUCGAAACGUCCACAUUUUGAAAAGCUGUCCGCCUCGUUGGGAAAUGGCGCGCCUUCUAGUGGAUUUGAUUAUGAUUUGUUGAUUAUUGGCGCUGGUGUUGGCGGCCAUGGUGCUGCUCUUCAUGCUGUUGAGAAGGGCUUAAAAACUGCAAUUGUUGAAGGCGAUGUAGUUGGAGGAACAUGCGUGAAUAGGGGUUGUGUUCCUUCUAAAGCACUACUAGCUGCAAGUGGCCGUAUGCGAGAGCUUCAAAAUGAAAACCACAUGAAGUCUUUUGGCUUACAGGUUACCGCUGCUGGAUAUGAUAGACAAGCAGUUGCUGAUCAUGCAAAUAACUUGGCAUCAAAUAUUAGAAACAACUUGACUAAUUCUUUAAAAAAUCUUGGUGUUGAUAUAUUGUCAGGAGCUGGUAUGAUUUUGGGCCCUCAAAAGGUGAAAAUUGGGUCUGGGGAUACUGUGGUAACAGCAAAAGAUAUUAUUAUAGCUACAGGGUCUAUCCCGUUUGUACCAAAAGGAAUAGAAGUUGAUGGUAAGACUGUAAUAACAAGUGAUCAUGCACUCAAAUUGGAAUUUGUUCCUGAGUGGAUUGCUAUUAUUGGAAGUGGCUAUAUUGGACUUGAAUUUAGUGAUGUGUACACAGCACUUGGAAGUGAGGUCACAUUCAUUGAAGCUCUAGAUCAGCUGAUGCCUGGGUUUGAUCCUGAAAUCAGCAAGUUGGCACAACGAAUUCUUAUCAAUCCUCGGAAGAUUGAUUAUCAUACCGGUGUAUUUGCCAGCAAGAUUACACCUGCAAAGGAUGGAAAACCAGUGUCCAUUGAACUUAUUGAUGCAAAGACGAAGGAACCAAAGGAUACAAUAGAGGUAGAUGCAGCUCUUAUUGCAACUGGAAGGGCUCCUUUUACACAAGGACUUGGUUUGGAAAAUAUCAAUGUUCAAUCAGUGCGUGGAUUUGUUCCAGUUGAUGAGCGCAUGCGAGUCCUUGACGCAGAUGGGCAAUUGGUUCCUCACUUGUAUUGCAUUGGUGAUGCAAAUGGAAAGAUGAUGCUUGCCCAUGCCGCAAGCGCACAAGGAAUCUCUGUUGUUGAGCAAGUUAGUGGAAAGGACUAUGUGCUGAACCAUUUAAGCAUUCCAGCAGCCUGCUUUACCCAUCCUGAAAUCAGUAUGGUUGGUCUAACAGAGCCUCAAGCAAGGGAAAAGGCCGUGAAGGAAGGUUUUGAAAUCAGUAUCGCAAAGACCAACUUCAAGGCUAACACAAAAGCCCUAGCUGAGAAUGAAGGGGAUGGACUCGCCAAGUUGAUAUACAGACCCGACAAUGGGGAGAUCCUCGGAGUUCAUAUCAUUGGAUUGCAUGCUGCAGACCUUAUUCAUGAAGCAUCCAAUGCCAUAGCUAUGGGGACCCGCAUACAGGAUAUAAAGUAUGCAGUUCACGCACAUCCAACAUUGUCCGAGGUGCUUGAUGAACUCUUCAAAAACGCCAAGGUCAAAGUUGAAAAUUCUAGCCCAGUUAAUGAGCCAGUUGCUGUUUAAAGUGCCUUGGCUAAAUGUAGCCACUACAAAAUGAUAUAGACGGGUCACUUGUUUCUGUAUCACCUAUAAAGAAUGUUGGUUGUUUUCUAAUUGUGUUUUAUAUUUAUUGGAGGCUUAGUCUAGAGAAUUUGUACUGGCUUUUAUUGCCAAAUAGGAAAUGAACAGUUUUUCCCCCUGUAGUCCCUCGAAUUGAGUAUUUUUUGAGAGUUUAAUGGUAAUAAUCUUAUUGGACUUGGGAAUGAGUGAAAAUAUAUAAAUCUGAUGUGUGAAGAGAACAUUUUGACAAAGAGGUCGCAUUAUAUGAUUACAAGUCUUAUAAAGGAGCUUUUUG